GGUGCGGGGGCGGUGCGGGGCCGACGGGCUGGGCUCGGUGCGGGGCCGGUGGCGGUGCGGAGCCGGUGCCGGUGCGGGUCGCGAUGCCGGGCGCGGUGCGGACGCUGUGCCUGGCCGCGCUGCUGGGCGCGCUGGGGGCCGGCGGCACGGAGCUGACCCUGGAGCUGCCCGACAGCGCCCAGCGCUGCUUCCACCAGGAGCUGGAGAGCGGCGUCAAGUUCACCCUCGACUAUCAGGUGAUCAGCGGAGGACACUAUGAUGUGGACUGCUACGUGGAGGACCCCAACGGCAAGACCAUCUACCAGGAGACCAAGAAGCAGUACGACAGCUUCUCGCACCACACCGAGCUCAAGGGUGUCUACACCUUCUGCUUCAGCAAUGAGUUCUCCACCUUCUCCCACAAAAUUGUCUACUUCGACUUCCAGGUGGGCGACGAGCCGCCCAUCCUGCCCGACAUGAACAACCGCGUCACUGCCCUGACACAGCUGGAAUCCGCCUGUGUCACCAUCCACGAGAUGCUGAAGGCGGUGAUCGACUCGCAGACCCACUACCGGCUGCGGGAGGCGCAGGACCGCAGCCGGGCCGAGGAGCUCAAUGGACGCGUCUCCUACUGGUCAGUGGGGGAAACCCUCAUCCUCUUCGUGGUCAGCAUUGGCCAGGUGAUGCUGCUCAAGAGCUUCUUCACUGAGAAGAGACCCAGCAGCAGUGGAGCUGGCACCUAGAGCUGCUGUGUCUGUGCCUGAGUGGAGCAGGCAGUGGGACAGCCCUGGGGCUGCUCUGUGCCUCCGAUCUGUGCCGUGGGCAGGCGGGGGGUGGGAGCAGGGGGUGACACUGCUGAGCUGGGUGACACAGCCACCCAAGCACAGGCGUCCCCCGGCAUCACCUCCCACUUGCCAUGGCCCGGCCUACCCUGUCCCCUCGCCUGGGCACCCUGUCCCCACUCUCUGGCUGCACUGGGAAGCUGGUGGGAGCAGCACCAGCACGGCACUGGGGCACCCUCGUGACUGGGACGUGACCACACGCUGCCCCUGAAGCCCUGUGCAGCCACCGAGGGCAGGGGCAGCCCACCCGGCACCCACCCAGUGCCCUCAGCCCCAGGAGAGCUGCCCGUGGGCUGGGGGUCUCUGUCUGCACCCCAGCUGUCCUGUGGCGGGCAGGGUGCUCCCAGCAGCGGGGCCACAGCAACAGCAGCAUCCAACGAGGGAAGGCUUUUUGCUGGGUGGUGCUCUGGCUCUGCCAGCUCCUCCCCUCGCAGCAAUUCUCAGGCUGGCAGCAGGUGGUGUGCCCGUACCAGGUGGCAUUUUCAUACUCACACGAGUCCUUGCCUGAGAGUCAGCCCCCUCACACAUUCCCCCCACCCUGUGGACACGCUCCAAGGAAGCCCCAUCCCUGCCCCAGACGCACGGAGGACUCACACACACCUGGGACUGCAGCCCCUCAUUCCCUGGAGCCCCACAAGACCCCUGGAGUGACUGGUGUGCUGGCCCUCCAGCCCUCAAGCAGGUGUGAGACCAUUUUUCAGAGCUGAAGCAACUCCGCUAGACUUUUCCUUUGCCACUUUCAAAUAAAUCCCUGCAAGCAUGGCUGGCA